UAUUAACUGCAUGCUACCAUUACCGCGAGUCGAGCUUCUGGACGACGACUUACGACGGAACAAAAAAAAAAGAAAAAUCGUCAUUUGAAACCCUAGCCUAGGCCAGUCUAAGCUAUGUUAUAUAUUAAAAAAGAAAGUUAGAAGAGGAACUAACUUGAUGAUGUUUUUCAAUAACAAUUAAAUGAAGAAUUGAAUGAAGAACAGCUAAAAAAAUAAUAAUAAGUUGAUUCAUGAUGCCUAAAGGGAGCUUAGUAUUUAUAAUUGUACUUGCUAUUAUACAAGUUAUAAAUGGUCAGAACAAUCCUAAUGUUACUAUACAAAAUGCUACUGUUACAUUAGGGGAAGAUGCCACCAUCAACUGUUUCUACACAAUAUAUGGUGAAAGAACCCUAUUAGCUGUUCAUUGUUACAGCAGCAAUUCUAUAGGAGAUGAAGGGGAUCUGCUUGUUAGUUCUUCUAUUGGCUCAAAUCCCAACGGCAGAUACAGUGUCGACGUCUCACAAGCUGGUGUAGCUACUCUCAAUAUUGUAAAUACAUUAAAGUCAGAUGAUGGAUUCUAUCAAUGUACAAUUGUUGAUUCAGUUGGUAUCAGUGGCAAUCAUUUUGGCAGUCUAACAGUCCAAUUUAUUGAAAAUGUUAUGAUUAGCGUUAAAAACAGUACUGUCACUGAAGGUAAUGAUGUAACAAUUGAAUGUUCUGUAAGUGCCACUCCAGUUCCAACAAUUACCCUCUACAAAGAUGAGCAAUUUAUUACAAAUGAAACAACAGAAGCCUUCAUUCACAAGAUAAGCAAUGUGACGAUGAGUGAUAGAGGAAACUACAGGUGUGAAGCAAUCAACAUCGUUGGAACUCGUACAUCACCAACUGAACUAUUAAAUGUUCAGUAUCCACCUAAAAUUGUUAUACAUGGUAGUGAUAAUGGUACCAAAACUGUUCUUCCUGGUGAGAUGGUUGUUAUUACACUAGAAGUUUUAGCAAAUCCUGAUGAUGACAUCAAAUACCAAUGGACAAUUAAUCCCGAAAUUGAGGGUACAGUAACUAAUUCAUCAACACUCGAAUUUAAGGCAGGAGAGGUUGGCACAGUGUAUAAUGUAACAGUGACAGCUACUAAUAGCAUUGGAUCAACAACAGAGUCAGUAAUGGUCAUUGUUGCAGAUCCAUGUGCUGACGAUCCCUGUGAAAAUGGUGGAACUUGUAUAGUUGUUGAUGGAGGGUACAUUUGUAAUUGUACCAACGAUUUCAGUGGAUUAAAUUGCUCAUAUUGCAUCUAUAAGGAUGGCUGUUGCCAAGAUGAGGGAGAUAUUUAUAAUUAUGGGAAUGGUACUUGUGGAUGUAUCUGUGGUGAAUGUAGGCAAUUCAAUUACACCACAAAUCAGUGUGAAAAUAUAGACUAUUGUGCAUCCAAUCCUUGUGAACAUAAUGGCACUUGUAUACCUGCUAAGUGCAACUUCACAUGUGAAUGUAUGACGGACUACAGUGGGUCAUUUUGUGAAAAUUUCAAGAUUCAAUCUACACCAUGUAGCUUAUCUUGUCAAAAUGGAGGCACAUGUCAAAUCGUUAACGAUACUGAGAAAUGCGUAUGUCCAACUGGAUUUGAAGGGCAAUAUUGUCAGCACAACAAAACCCACAUUAUUGAAAAUUGCGUGAUCAACAUUAGGCCUAAUACUAAUCCUGUCAAGAAAGGUAAAAGUGUAGACAUAGAAUGUUCUUCUGAAAAUUCUUAUCCCAUUCCUAUGAUAACACUUUUCAAAGAUGGAAAGGAGUAUCAAAAUGUUACUGGAACAAAACUAACUUACAACAUAGAGAGUAUGAAGAAGAGCAAUAAAGGAGAUUACUAUUGUAUCGCAACUAACAUUGCUGGGAAUAGAAUAUCGGAAACAAUAAAAUUGAAAUAUAAACCCAACAUUUUAGCUAUAAUACUUGGCACUCUAGGAGGCUGUGUUGUUCUUGUAGGAAUUAGUUUUGGUGGUUAUCGUGUCUACAAAUCACAGAAUUCAAAAAAACCGCCAAAAGACCCAACAUCAGACCCUGUUGUCCCACAAGGUGACGUUGAAAUGAAACAACCAGAUUCAAAUUCAGACUUAAAGAGAUACGCAGCAAGUGGUGGAGAUUUGUACACUCAGGUUAGCAUAAAGGAUAAAAAGAAAAAACCUGAUAGUGACAACGGAUCUAAUAAGCCUACAGCCGUUGACUUGAAUGUAGAGGGCCUACAGUAUGCAGAUCUGGAUUUGACUCGCAAUUUACCAACUGACAAGGAAAAUGUAAUCCACCACCCAGACCAGGAGACAACUUACUCCAGUAUCCAACUCCAACCUCAACAGAUCUGACAACCAGCGCCAUCCAUAGUACAUCCAUCCAACAAAGUGCAUCCUGUUGAUGAUAUUUCAAAUUCACAACCUGCAGAAAAGAAAAAAAGGAAGAAAAAGAAGAAAAAGAAAAAUAAUGAAUAUCAACAACAGGAAAAUGAGCACACAGAAGAGUGAACUUGAUUUAGAAUCAUCUUUUCAGAAAUUAAAUAACAAAUCAAACACUUGGUAAAUUAAUGCUGCAAUAAUUGAUUAUGCGUUAAAUUUAUAAAUAUUAGUCACCCCAACGAUCUAAUUUCCCUAGUCUGUUAACUGUUUUAAUCAUUAUUAUGCUAACCAUAUUAAUUACCCUAACUAUGUUAAUUAUCUUUACAAUUUAAUAAUUAUACUUUGAGCGAUAGUAGAGCUGCAUGAUUAUACAAACAUAAAUUUGGUAUAAACAUCUAUAAAAAGAAAAAAAAAAUCAAUUAGCGUAUUACUUAGGGUUAUUUGAGAUUUUUAAUGAGAAAUUUUACAUGCAAAUGCUUAUUUAAUGAAAAUAAUGAAUAUAUUAUCAAAUUUCAAGUUUCCCACACCACUGACAGCAAUUGCUGUAGUAAAUCAUUUUGAAGAAAUUCAUACCCUGAUUAUUGCAUGUUAAUUGCUAGUUAUUUAAGAUUUUAUGAUUAUGUUGCAUUAUUUUAAAAGUAUCACUUGAAACUGGUGGAUAUGCCAUGGAUGGAAUUAUAAUGAAAAAAAAAAAACACUUUUACAAGUAUGUUGUACAUAAUUGCUUUUACAUAGUUUACAAGAAUGCUGUUUGUUCUCAAGAGCUUAGUCAUAUCCUGUCAUCAUUAGCAUUCAUUAUUCUAAGAACAAUAUUUUCCAUGUCUGGCCAAAUGCUAUUCUUAAUACAUUAUUAUUUCCUAUAUUUAGGCACAUGACCAUAUUUGGGCAACUCCCAUGAAUUGGCUAUAUUACUAGCAGCGUGCCUUUGAAAUGCCUUUCGCACCAUUUUGGAUUGAUUCAGUUGUAUUUUACUGUACAGUAUAUUUUUAUAUCCACUUGAUAUGGCUCUCUUGUAGAAGAUAACCUACCAAUCCCAUGUGCCUCAAUAACAUGUGAACACAUUCCAUUGGAAGUAGGUUGCUUAAAAACAUCUACUCUACCUGGAAGAAACCAUAGCAACUUUUUAAUUAUGGCUAAAGUGACAUUCAUUAUGACAAGUAGUUUAAUCUUCAAAAUUUUCUCUGUUUUCUCAGUUAGUACUCUCUUUUAGUUUUAAGUUGUUGAAGCUUUGUUAAUUCUAAUAUACUCAGAGUAUUUGUGAACUUGUAUUUGAUGAAGUAUUAAUUUGAUAUAAACACACUUUGUGGUGGCUCUGAUAAUCACUUUUCCUAAAUUCCUCUUUGUUAAUUACUUUUAAGCUUACUGUAGGUUUUUAGUUAAAUUCAGUUGUAGAAAUGUAUUGUUUGUUUAAGGAUUUUUGUGUUUAACAAUAAGCUAUAAAAUGAAAACCAGAAAAUAUAUGCAUUACAUGGUUUUUUGGUUAAUUUCCAACUAAUUACUGUGGUUGUAGGCACUUAGUGACAAUGAAAUACAGUCAAAUUUA